AUGCGAACUAACCUUUGGGUCGUCUGCUUCGAUCUGCAGUACUUCCAGGCCUAUCACGCUCCAGUUGCUGGGAUCCCUCCUGUGCUGCCCUCAGCUGGUCCCUUCAGCUCUCUGCAGGGUGCCUUUCAACCUAAGACCCCCAAUCCGGAGUUGACGUCCAGGUCAGGGCCGGUAACUCACACCUUUCUGCAGAAGGACCCCAGGUUAACGGAAACGUACAGGCCUACAAUCCGGAAGCCUGGGAAGUGGUGUGCCAUGCACGUGCAGAUUGCUUGGAUGAUCUACCGACAUCAGGAGAAGAACAAGGUGAUACACACAGACCCCCACAAACUGGACCUCGCCAAGAGUGAGCUGCUGGGCCGGACUCCCAGCGGCAUCUUCGGGCCCAUCGCGCACUCCCACGAACUGGCCCGGCCUGCUUCGCUCUUCACUGCUGCUGAUGCAGUUCACCCAGCGUCUUCACCGUUUGCACAUCCGAGUGCUCUCAACACAUUCCUCAAUCCUCCCUCCCAUCUCGAUCCCUACUGCAGGACCCCGGCCUACAGCACGAUCGGACAACUAGCAAACGGAGCCUUUGGAGGCCUGGGGAACGCAGCAGUGGCUGCCAGUUCAGUGUUUGCUCACAAGGAGAGCCCUGGUAGCCAGGCCUUUGCCAACCCCCGGGAGCACUGGAACCGUCUGCACCAGACUCCGCCGUCCUUCCCCAGCCCUCCGCCAGGGUGGCCGCGGCUGGGAGCGAGUGAAGCAGAGCGGGGUACCCAUAUCGACAAGGAACUGGAGUCUGACCGGCACCAAGCUCCCUUCAUCAAGGAGGAGAUUGGCAGGGAAACGGUGUACGCCCGCUAUUCGGCCCGCGUCUCUCCAGCCGCCCCCCUGAAGAUGGUGAGCGGUGGGAGCGCGGCGGGCACGCCGCGAGAAGAGGAGCUGGACGAGGAGACGGCGCGCAGCGGGCCCAGGAGCGGCGCCGGUGGGGAGCUGCGGGGGCCCGGCCGCGAACGGGACCGCGCCGAGAGCUCCCGGGAGCCCUUCAAGCCGGAGCGCCGGAUGCGGGAGGUUGCCGAGGAGAGCCGCCUGCCGGCCAGGAGGCCCGGGGAGGAGGUGGGGGCCACUGCCGCCGCGAUCCGGGACCCGUCGCCGUUCUCCCGGCCGUCCUCAGGCGCCGGGCCCUCCUCCUCGUCCUCCUCCAGCGCCGGCACCCCUUCUUCGGCCGCCGCGGUGCCGGAGGGCGCCAAGCCAAGCCUGCUGAGGGAGCUGGCCAAGCGGCACGAGGUGCGGGUGAAGGCCGAGCUCCCGCAGCACGAGCCGGUGGGCUUUGAGCCCCCCGCCCAGCUCCCCCCCCGCUCCCACCUGCCCGGCUCCCUCCACCCGGUGCCCCUGGCCCUUAUCGGGCAGCUGGGUGGCGCCCUGGAGCGGGGCGCCGGCCGGGUGCUGCACGGGCCCUUCCUGGGGGUGGGAGUGCCCGCCGCGGCGCCCGAGCCCCGCCUGGGCCCGUACGCCUGGGAGCCUUACCGCGAGGCCUGGCGGGAGGGCUGCCGGGCACCCGAGUUGGCCGGGGUGGCACCGGCCGGCGCCCGCUUCUACGAGGCGGACCCCCGGCCCUACCGGGAGAGGGCCCCGCUCCGGGAGUACGGGCGCCGGGAGCCGGAGUCCGCCGCCGCCUCCUCAGCUUCGGCCGCCACCGCCGCGCCAGGGGCCCUCCUGCAGGAGUACGAGCAGCGGGCGCAGCUCCUGGGCCUGUUGGUGCCCCCGCCACCCCCGCCUCACCACCAUCACCACCACCACCACCACCACCACCACCCGCCGCCGCCCCCGGGGGCAACGGCCACCCCGCCACCUCCUGCUCCUCACCCGUACCCCCGCCUCAGCCCCUCGGGCCUGGUCCCUCAGGGCGGCCUGCUCAGCAAAGCCUCCCCCAUGGCCGGGCUGGGGGCGCCGCCCCCCCUCAUCUCCUCGUCCGCCCGGCCCGGCACCCCGCCGCACCGCGUCACCCCCCUCUUGGCCUCCGAGCUCCGGGAGCUGUCCGCCUACAGCCACAAGGACCGCGACUCCAGAUAAUGGCCGCCGAGGAGGGCCGGCGUUUGGCAAGAUGGCGGACUGUUGGCGCCUCACCCACGCCCUCACCUCCGUGCGAUACCACCCAACCUGGACUGCUCCAGCCUUCCCUUUUUACUUUGUCUUUUUAAACAGGAAAAAAGGAACAAUUUGCUUUCAGAGAGAAGAACACCCUGUAAAUAUUUAUAUUAUAUAACCUGUGCU